AUGGCAUCACAGAAGGAACUCUACCUCCACGACCAGCUCCCCGACCUCGAGGUCCCGUUCGCACCGUUCAACUCGCGCCGCUCAGUCGUCUAUGGCGCAAAGGGCAUGGUCGCGUGCUCGCAGCCCCUCGCGGCCGAGGCAGGUCUCGAGAUCCUCAGGAAGGGUGGAAACGCAGCUGAUGCCGCCGUCGCCGUCUCUGCCGCGCUCAACUUGACCGAGCCCGGCUCGUGCGGAAUCGGCGGCGAUGGAUUCUGCCUCUUCUACGACGCGAAGACGAAGGAAGUCAAGGCCUUGAACGGUUCCGGACGCGCACCCGCCGCUCUCACGCUUGGCAAGUGCCGCGAACUCGGAAUCGAGGGACGAGAGAUCCCGUUCCUCAAUAUCAACGCUGCGACCGUUCCCGGAUGUGCGGCGGUUUGGUGCGACACGAUUGAGUUGCUCGGCAGUGGAAAGGUCACGAUGAAGGAUGUGCUUGACCCUGCGAUCCGCAUGGCCGAAGCUGGAAUCCCCAUCUCGGAAUGCUCCUCCCACUCCUGGGUCAAGAACUACGAAGUCUUCCUCAAGCAGUCCCCCAACUCUGCCGAGAUGCUCAUCACCGACCCCGAGACGGGCAAGACGCACUCGCCUCGUCCGGGAGAGAUCUUCAAGAACCCCAACUUGGCGAGGACGUUCCGUGAGGUUGCGGAGAAGGGAAAGAAGGGGUUCUAUGAGGGACGGAUCGCGGAGGCUAUUGUCGAGCUCAUCCAGUCCAAGGGCGGCGUCAUGACCCUCGAAGACCUCAAGAACCACUCUACGACUCCCGUCACGCCCAUCUCGAUCAACUACGGCGGCGAGAACGGCGUCACCCUCCACGAGACGCCUCCGAACGGACAGGGCUUGACGGCGCUGAUCGCGCUUGGGAUCAUCGAGGCGAUCAAGGAGCAGGGCAAGGUUGACUUGAGCAAGACUGAGCACUUGUCGGCGCUUUGGUAUCACACCCUCAUCUCGGCCAUCCGCCUCGCUUUCGCCGACACCCGCGCCUACAUCGCCGACCCGGAGCACGUCCGCGUUCCCGUCGAGGAGCUCCUCUCCAAGGACUACCUCCGCAAGCGUGCCGAGCUGUUCAACCCCGCCCAGUCGUCGCCCGUCAUCAACAAGGGCACGCCGAUCGCCUCGUCUGACACGGUGUUGUUCGAGGUUGUCGACCAGUACGGGAACGGGUGCUCGUACAUCCAGUCGAACUACGCCGGCUUCGGAACGUUUGCGAUCCCCAAGGGAUGCGGCUUCACGCUCCAGAACCGAGGAUGCAACUUUACGCUCGAGGAGGGCCACCCGAACUGUAUCGCUCCCAACAAGCGACCUUACCACACUAUCAUCCCGGCACUCGUUACGCGCGGCGACAAGAAGGGCGGCGACUUGUUCAUGGUCUACGGCGUCAUGGGCGGCUUCAUGCAACCGCAAGGCCACAUCCAAAUCCUCCUCAACAUGCUCCACCACAACUGCAACGCCCAAUCGACCCUCGACGCACCGCGCUUCUGUAUCUCCGCCGACGUGCCGGAAGACCCUUCCAAGCUCGGAGAUAUUGGGACCAAGGUGUACCUUGAGGAGGGAGUUAAGCAGGAGGUUGUGGAGGAGUUGAAGCGCAUGGGUCACGAUAUCGAGUUGUUGACGGGACACGAUCGUGCGAUGUUUGGACGUGGACAGAUCAUCCAGAAGCUCCCUGGCGGAGCAUGGGCAGGCGGUUCGGACCCUCGCGCAGAUGGUCACGCCGUUCCCCAGAUCUAA